AUGAAGGGUGUUUGGCCCAAGAGUACUAAAACUCUCUCCCACAGCAGAACAAUCUCAGUUGAACCAUCAAAGCAAGGAAAAAUGAAGUCUAAGCCUGAAAGUGUGAAACAUGAAGUUCUAUUCCGCGUUCCCAUGUGCAAAGUCUACUUGAUGGAUGAAGGGGAAGCUCUAGAACUCGCCAAUGGUGAUUUGACCAUCCUCCGCAUCUCGGAUGGGAACGUUUUCCUUGCUUUUGUUGUGAAAAUUGGUGAACUACAGUGGCCUUUGACGAAGGAUGAACCUGUGGUGAAGCUUGAUGAAAAGAAUUACUUGUUUUCAUUGCCCAUGAAGGAUGGUGAUCCUCUAAGCUAUGGAGUGGCUUUCUUGGAUGGGGGCAAUUUGAAAACGAUGAGCAAAAGCAUGCUUGAUAGAGUUGGAAUUGGAAGUGCAUCCGUAAUGGCACCAGCAGUUCGGUCCCAAGCAGGACAAGCCUUUCUAGCCAUGGUUCCGGGGGAGGUCCUCUUGGCUUCACUCGAUGCUGUUAAUAGAGUUUUGGAUGCAGCUGAAGCUGCUGAAAAGCAGGCCCUUUUGGCUACUUCUGCAGCUGCCACCAGGAUGGUUUCCGAAAGGUAUGGAGAAAGUGCAGGGGAGGCAACAGGGGAUGUGCUUGCAUCUGCAGGUCACUCUGCUAAUACUGCAUGGAAUGUCUUCAAGAUUCGGAAAGCUCUCACUCCUUCACCAUUUGUUCCUCCGGCGUAUUAA